CUGCUUGUUUUGAAUCAUGAGUUCCGGACUCAAUAUGGCGGGAUCGAGGCGCUUUGACGUGCAGAAAUGUCGCACCCUUUCCCGCUGGAUCUUUGCUGUGGUCCUGCUGCAAGUGUGUCGGGUGAACGCGCACGCUGACGGCGAUCGUGUCGUGGUCGUGGCCGAUGGCAACUGGACGCGGAUUCUGGAGGGAGAGUGGCUGAUUCAGUUUUAUGCCCCAUGGUGCCCGGCGUGUCAGCAUCUACAGACAGACUGGGAGAAUCUUGGCAGAGAAAGUGAAAGUUUGGGUAUAUCAGUGGGCAGAGUCGACGUUACACAGCAACCAGGUUUGAGUGGGAGGUUUCUGGUUACCACACUGCCCACUAUCUUUCAUGCUAAAGACGGAAAUUUCCGGAGGUAUGUUUCGUCACGGACCAUCGAGGAUCUUCAGGCAUAUGUUGUGGACAGAAAGUGGGCGUCAGUUGAACCUGUGCCAGGAUGGAGGUCACCGUCUUCUCUGCUAAUGUCAGGAACGGCUCAUCUGUUCCGCUUGUCAGUCUGGAUCAGACAAAUCCACACGUAUCUGACCAACACUUUAGGGAUUCCCUCGUGGGGUUCAUACGUGAUAUUUGCCAUCUUCACACUCUUUUUGGGUCUGAUUCUGGGUCUGAUACUGGUACUGAUCGCUGACUGCAUUUGGCCAUCUAGACCAAAGCACAAAUCCGUUGUGAUUGUGAGGGAUGAGGCGUCAGAGGAGGAAGCGGAGGAGAAGCGCACAUCUGAUAAUGAAAGCGAGAGAGUGUCUGGUGAAGAAUCCACUGAAGAUGAGGCUCUUUCAUCAGACACGGCAGUCAGUGGCAGCGACCGCUCUCCACCAGAGGGGGCAGCAGAGAGCUCGGUGAGAAAACGCAAACCGCAGGGUUCACACCCUUCAGAGGAGACAUAAUGACCGCUGUUUACACCAAAAACAAAGAAGAGAUGUCCAUAUCUACAGGAUAAGCAAGGCGAUGCCAGCUUUCCCUGCAGAACACGGUGUGUCCAUUUGAUGCUUUCACUGCGGUCCAGUUAGUUUUACUGUGUGUUGAUUACAUUUAUUGCCAGAGGUCUGAUGCCAAACCUUCACAUGAUGAUUUUAUAUUUUGUAUAAACGCGGACCAUGUGGAUGAGUUUGCGCAUCUUUUGAAUGCAUGUUUACAGCGUGAAUCUCACCAAACAUCCGGCUCACAUCAUUUACUGCUUUUUUGUGCUGCCAUUAAUUUAUACAAAUGUUUUAUUAUAAAGGAUACUGUAUUACAGUAAUUUAGUAGUUUUUAUACUAUAAUAUAACCGAAGAAAACACAUUUGCCAGAACCAGUAAAACUCAAAAUGGAUGUGCCUAAUAUUCAUAAAACUGUCUUAACACAAAAUUCAACUUGCUUGAUUUCUCUUGAGAUGUUUGAGUUCUUGGCAUGUUUUGUGAGAUUGGUCAGACGCUCCUUUCGUGUUGUUCUGUAUUUGGUGUCGAUGAUUGUUUUUAUGUUUGACGUUCCUGUCGUACGACUCAAUUCCUGCAUUUGUAAUCCAGCUGUCAGAGAACGUUCUUACAGUAUCUGCUGUCAUGAUGCAUAAUGAAUAUUAAACAGUGUAUUAUAGAACAUUAUUACAUGUGUUUUACAUACGAGCUCUCAGGACAAGCGUUUCUCAACAGUUUGUACAAUUAUUCCAGUGAUUAUAAUUUGCACAACAGAACUUUGACGGUGUCUUCAGUAUUGAAGUGAAUGCACUCUUUGACGGCUCAAUUGCCUUUCAUUUUUGAUACUAUUGACAGACUGUUGAAACGUUGUGUAGCAAAUAAAUGUUUGCCUGAUGAA